AUGCAGACUGCAAUCAUCGCCCUGGUCGCCCCGGUGGUCAAUCAACGACAAUACCUCCAGGAAAGAAACAAAAGAACUACGGCAGUUCUUGGUCUUACUACUGCUAUGAUACCUCCACUCGUCUUCUUGAUUUUUGUACAGAAUGGGCCUGUAUUCCUUAUAGUAUGUACUGUUUUGUUUUCUCGGAUUAUACUUACAAAAUUCAGGUACACAUAGCUCUUGCAGUCCUUCUCGAUAUUCAAUGGAUCGGGUACAUCAUCGUCAAUCAGAGGAAGAAUAAAAGUACAGGGAGUAAUAAAGAUCCAAACAACUACGUCGAAUUUAAUCCGACCUCCGAUACGAAUUUCGAAUCUACGCGAAGCUUCAAUAGCAACUCUAAUUCGGAAUCGGUCUGGAUAUGA